AGAUAGCUUUCUGAUGUCGCGGCGCGCUGAGAGGGAGGCAGCAGCCGAUGGAGAAGGGUUGCCUGUCAUGAUAUAACAGUGUGCAUGUACAAGGCAAGGUGGCAUCUUCGUUUAGUCAAUUAACCAGAUAUAUGUUUGGUGAUUUUCUCUUUGAAGAAGUCUUUUUUGGCAUCUAAUCCAGGAGAUGGCAUUUAAUCCAUUCCUUCACCAUUGUGCGCAUUUUCGUUUUGGCAAUGUCAAUACUGCCUAUUUAUCUUGGACCUGAUAUUUUCUGAUGGACUCUAUAUGCAUAAAAUGACUACUUCUUGAAUGGACCAUUCUGGAAUAACACUAACUACAUAGACGGGAUGGGAUCUUUUAAUUCAAGCGGAGUUGACGCGUUCCCAGUUUUCAAUUUAAAUUCCUCAUCAGAAAGUCCAUAUACUUUGCCUACUAUAGCGAGUCUUGCAGCACUUGUAAGUUGUCUUAUUUUGUUUACAGUGGUCGGUAACGUUCUGGUUGUAAUUGCGGUGUUAACAAGCCGGGCACUGAAAGCACCCCAGAACCUGUUUUUGGUUUCCUUAGCCACAGCAGACAUUCUGGUCGCCACUUUGGUGAUGCCUUUUUCUCUGGCAAACGAACUUAUGGGCUAUUGGUAUUUCGGGAAAGUUUGGUGUGGAAUUUACCUUGCUUUAGAUGUCUUAUUUUGCACUUCGUCCAUUGUCCAUCUGUGUGCAAUCAGUUUGGACCGUUACUGGUCCGUUACGCAAGCUGUUGAAUACAAUCUCAAACGGACUCCUAAACGAGUGAAAUGUAUUAUCGUCAUUGUAUGGCUUAUAUCUGCGAUGAUAUCGUCUCCUCCGUUAAUAUCAAUAGACAAGAACAAUGAUAACUCUCAGUACCCAGGAUGUGAGCUGAACAAUGACACUUGGUACAUCCUUUCCUCUAGCAUUGCGUCAUUCUUUGCGCCUUGCCUAAUCAUGAUAUUAGUAUAUAUUAGAAUAUACCAAGUGGCCAAGACAAGGACCAGGGGCAUGUCAGAGAAAAAACAUGGUCCUGGUGAAGCUACAAUGACUGAGAAUGGGUUAAGCAAAGCCACCUCGUGCAAAAUCAACGGGGACAAAGAGAACGGGCACUGGCAGUGCCCUUCCACGCCCACCAGCAUGAGGACCACCGGGGUCCCAGACGAGGUGGACCUGGAGGAGAGCUCCUCCUCAGAGGGCAAAGGUCACCCCAAACCUCAGGACCUGAACCAUAAGAGGGCCAAGAGAGCUAGCCGGAAGAACAGCGCCAUCUCCAAACACUCCAGCCGGAUCUCCAGAGCCAGCAACAAAUCCAUGGACCUGUUCGCUUCCAGGAGGAAGAAGAGGAGGAGGAGCUCUGCGUCCAGGAAAAAGGUAUCUCAGGCCAGGGAGAAGAGAUUCACCUUUGUGCUGGCGGUGGUCAUGGGAGUGUUUGUGGUGUGCUGGUUCCCAUUCUUCUUCAGCUACUGCCUGCACGGAGUGUGUGGGGACCCCUGUAAGAUCCCCGAUCCCCUAUUUAAGUUCUUCUUCUGGAUCGGUUACUGUAACAGCUCCCUCAACCCCGCCAUCUACACUAUCUUCAACCAGGAUUUCCGACGCGCCUUUCAGAAAAUCCUUUGCAAGUCUUGGAAAAAAUCGUUCUAGAUAUGUAAUAACAAGAGGGACAAGCCAGGACUAAAUAUCCCUUGAGGUGACAAUAUCAAUAGCAUAAACGUAUGAAAUCUACCAUGGAAUAUCAAUGUGAAAGUAGACAUUUUUUUUUAUUUGGCCCAUGGAACAAUGCAAUGUGCAUACUGUACUUACAGUGGACAGACACAUUGUCGUGCUGUAACUCAAUUGAGUCAGAGCAUAAUACUGAACUACGUCUUCAUAUCCCCUCACAGGCAACUCUCGAGUGCUUUUAACCUACUUAUUUCUCUUACCGGCCUUCAUAUUUUCCAUCCACGUUUAGUGUGUGCAUAGUGGUUCCCAGAACUAGACGUACUGAAGUGUGUCGCAAGGCUUUAACGCAAUGUCACGUUAGAUAUCCAGUACUCCUGAGUCCUUUACAACCAAAGUGACAGCAGGUAGCAUUUCCAGGUUGAUCAUGCUAAUGCAAAAAACACAGGGGAGCUAGCCUAGUGCAUCUGCAGUUUAAUCCAAAAUACUGUAUGUUUUCAUGGGUAAUGCUUUCCCUAAGGAUUACAAGUGGUUGAGGUGUUGAGGGAUGACUAUAGCAGGGCUGUCUAACCCUGUUCCUGGAUAACUACCCCUUGCUUUGUUUUUUAGCUCCAAGCCCAGUUGUAACUAACCUGAUUCAUUUGAUCAACAAGCUAAUUAUUAGAAUCAGGUAUGCUACAGUAGAUUAGGGUUGCAGCGAACAUCUACAGGAUGGUAGCUCUCCAGGUACAGGGUUGGAGAGCCCUGCUCUAUACGUAAAAAGAAAUAUGGGCUACGGUUGCACCUGUUAUUUAUACGUAAUAGUAAGAAAGCUCUUUAUUUUUCACCUUGGAUGCUGACUAAUAAAUAUUUAAGAAUAAAACAAAGUGUUUUAUUUUAAUACACUACCUCCCUUGUGGACUGUUUCUGUGUAAUUAUUUUGCAUAUUUUGUAUUUUGUUUUGCAAGUGGUGCAGUUUCUUGUGCUUAAAGUAGUGGGCUGUCAUGCAAAAUAAACGCUGAAGAAAUAUUAUGUAAGCUCUAUUAUAAUGUUGGAGUUCUGGCAUAUAUACAGUGGAGCACUCUGACAAUGAUGCACAUGUGCUUUUGCUUGAGUGACUAAGGGAUUUUGAGAUAGUCUGCACUGCCAGCAUCAAUCACUGUCUAAAGUGCACUCUCUAAGAUGUCUGGCAACCCAUUUGUCCCUCAGAUGGUAUACAAACAAGAUUUUUACGUUUUAAACAUGUCAAAGGAACAGCUCGAGGACAACCAUGCAUUUACACAGUCAUUUUUAUUUAUAGACAAUCAUUUGGGCAUUGUCAAACUAUUUAAAAUGCAUGUCAAAUAUAGUUAGGGAAUGCUAAAGGGUAAAUUGUUAAAAUGGCCCUGCAGAAGCUUCCUGGAAAAAUAUCAUCUGUAGCUACUUAGCUGCCUAAAUAUUUUCUUCGGGGGGAAGCAAUUCCAUUGUGGCAAUCCUGAUCAAGACUCUAUCACGUCCGUAAUCCCACCCAUCCCACUGACUGGCUUGGAGGUGUUCUCACCAUGGCUGCCUACCGAUUAUCCACCCUUCUCCCAAAGUGUGCUCUUGCACACUCCCAGUCAUACAGUAGAUCUACAAUCGAUUAGAGGGAGUGUGCGAGUGCACACUUUGGGAGAAGUGUGGAGAAUUGGGAUGCUGCCUAUGUUUCCCUUUAUCAAUCCAUAACAUUCAGAUUAGUAUCCUUUCACAACGGGAAUGAAACAAGAAAGCAUUCAAGAGUUUUGUGACAGCCUGUUUGUUUUACUGAGUAGCCCCAAAGAUCCCUGGUAAGUUUAUUGGCAAAACUUUCUGAAGUUAACUGUGAAAUUGAUCAAAGCUGCAGUGAUGGGUUCAACCAAAGGAUUUGUCCUCCUGGCAAAGACUGGCCAUGUCAAUACCAGGGUGUACAGUAUGUGACCUUUUAUCACAAAAAAAGGUUUGAUGUCACAUGUGGCUGAGAGGAGAUAAGCCAAUAUUCCCCACUGCCUCUUUCAUCAGCGAAGUGAAACUGAAUCCCCUAACUCCUGUUGUGGAUCUUUACUCCAUGUUAAACUGCUUCUGUGUUUGGGGUGCCAAUGUAAAUGCUCUUUGAAAUGG